AUGUCGGGCUACGAUUCCCGGAGUGACGGACCCGGAUUUGUCGGAAUUAGAUUCUGUCAAGAAUGUAACAACAUGUUGUAUCCAAAAGAAGACAAAGAACAUAAAGUACUGUUAUACGCUUGUCGAAAUUGCGAUCACAGACAAAUGGCUGACAGCAAUUGCAUUUAUGUGAACAAAAUUAUGCACGAAAUCAAUGAACUUACUCAUAUUGUUUCCGAUGUAACGUCUGAUCCAACUUUACCCAGGUCUGAAGAUCAUCCCUGUCCAAAAUGUAAACACCGAGAAUCAGUAUUUUUCCAAGCUCAAACUAGACGUGCAGAGGAGGAAAUGAGAUUAUAUUAUGUGUGUACCAAUCCACAUUGCAUACAUCGUUGGACUGAGUCAUCAAUUUAA